AUGGGGCACCCACAAGAUCGACAUCCAAGCGGCGACUCACACAGUGUGGACCCGACAUCUAUCGCGACUUCAUCAUCAUCUCUUUCUCCUUCAAUGGACCACCCACCCCCAUCACCAUCUUCAGUCACUAGCUCGGACUCAGACAAUCUUGUCAUUGCCACCGACAGUGACGCCAGCUCUAUCUCAUCACUGGGCGAGGGACGUCUGCGGCGAAGCGGGAGGCUGCUUCAAAAACAGGAAAAAUCUGGGCAGCCCCUGCAACCCGCUAUUGCGGAAGAAAAUCAACUGCACACGCCACCUGCCUCAGCAAAAGAAAACCCAAAACAUGUCGAAACAUCAGAACAGGAAACUCCUGUACUGCCACAACAAAGCCAGGGCACAGAAAUCGAAAUCACGAAAUCUGACCGCCCCCAUAAACCAACUACAGAUACUAGUGCGAACGCUGAAAGCGCAGCACCAACGCCAAAUGCCACCCAGAUGACGUCAGAGGGCGGCAACAGGGGACUGGAGAACACAAGUCCAGUAGCUCCCCAGGUGCAAGGGGGCCCCAUGCAAAAUAGAAACCAAAGAACCAACAGAGGCCGAAGGGUUCCCCCUAUCACUGUGUUCGAGACAAAAGGGUACACGACCUUGAUAGGGCAAAUCCAGGGAAAACUAACGGGUGCCCUCAGUACCACAUACAAGGGUGAUAGCAUCGUAUACCAGGCUACCAACCCAGAGGAUUUUCAAUACCUCAAGCAAGAAUUCAGGAAGCGUAAUCUAGAAUUCUUCACGUACAACGACGACCCGAAGAGUACUCUGAAGGUCGUCGUUAAAAGACUGACGCCCUACUGGACCCCAGAGGACGUCAAGAAUGCCCUCGUCGAGAAGGGCUUUCCGGUGCAAGGUGUAUACCAAAUGUCUAAGCCACAGACAGAAAUCGAUGACGCUGGAAACGUAGUAUCAGCGCCAAGAAGAAAAACGGCCAAUUUCCAGGUCAAUCUGCUGAACACGGCGGAGGCUAGAAAAAUUUUUAAAGUAGAGAGACUACUUCAUAUGAAAGUUACCGUAGAGUUAUACCAAAAACCUAGUGGGCCCACACAGUGCUACCUAUGCCAGAGAUUUCGACAUGGGGCAAACCAGUGCGAACUCGCCCCCAGGUGCGUUAAAUGUGCAGGACCGCAUCUUUCUGGCGCCUGCACAAAGAAAAGAGAAGAACCGGCCAUAUGUGCCAACUGUAGGGGCAACCAUCCAGCCUCCUUCAGGGGCUGCCCAGAAAGACUAAAGAUCGUCCAGGCGUGGGAGCGCCAACGAGCACCAGCACCCAGAAGGCAGGAACCGCUUCCCAGAAUGCCACUGAGAAACCCCAACCCCCCUCCAGCUCCCCCCGUGGAAGCAGUAAGCCCCCCACCAUCCCCGACACCUGCCAGAGCAGAAACCACAAGCCCUCCAAACCCUGCCCAACCCCAAAGGGGUACACAAACACCUGCUCCACAACAUCAACCACGCCACAUAGAAAGCCCUACUGGCAACAGGACUUUAGCCGAGGUUGUAAAAACUGGGCGCACUCCUCCUCCCCCAAAUACCACUAAACCAAAGCCGCAACGAUCCCCCCUCAAGGCAACUCUGCCUAUUAAAAGAACCUCACCCCCACAGGUUGUCUCUACCCCACAACACAUACCCCUCCCCUCCCCAACCCAACCUGAAACAGAGAAGGCAGAGGCAACACCACAGCCCUCAACAUCAACAGCCACAAAUGUACAACCACCAAGAGCCAUACCAGCUCAAGCCAUACCCGCCGAAUCCGUCCAAGCCACAGCUGCACCAGUAGAUACCAACAACACUAUUGACAUCGUCAGUGGCCAGACCACUGCACAGGAACGUUCCGUUCAGGUCGAACAGGAACAGCCACUACAGUUGCUCUCUAAGAUUUGGGCGUUAAUAAAGUCCCUCAUUUCACCAGCCUUCCUUGAAGGCAUAACCCAGCUAUGCACCAAAAUAGCAGCAGCCCCUGACCUCAUCUCUACAAUCUCAAUACUCGCCACCAACAUCCUACCACUGCUCUCCAAUGGCAAAUGA